AUGGUCAAAGUUGUCGUUGCCGGAGCCUCUGGUGGCAUUGGCCAGCCUCUGUCUCUUCUCGUCAAGUCAAGCCCUCUGGUCAGCGAGCUCUCGCUCUACGAUGUUGUCAACACUCCCGGUGUUGCUGCCGAUCUCUCUCACAUCUCCACGCCCGCAAAGGUUCAGGGCUUCCUCCCCAAGGACGAUGGCAUGAAGAACGCCUUCACCGGUGCUCACAUGGUCAUCAUCCCCGCUGGUAUUCCCCGUAAGUCGUAUCCGCAAAACAACAGGGUACAGCAACGACUAACACUCCUGCAACAGGCANAGCCUGGCAUGACCCGUGACGACCUCUUCAAGAUCAACGCCGGCAUCGUUCGCGACCUUGUUAAGGGUGUGGCCGAAUACUGCCCUGACGCCUUUGUCCUUGUCAUCUCCAACCCCGUCAACAGCACUGUCCCCAUCGCCGCUGAGGUCCUCAAGGCCGCCGGCAAGUUCAACCCCAAANAGCUCUUCGGUGUCACCACCCUCGACGUCGUCCGCGCAGAGACCUUUGUUGCAGAGAUCACUGGAGAGAGCAACCCCAGCAAGACCACUAUCCCCGUCAUUGGUGGUCACUCCGGCGAGACCAUUGUUCCUCUGUGGAGCCAGGCCAAGCCUGCUGUCAACGUCCCUGAGGACAAGCUUGAUGCUCUGACCAACCGUAAGUNNGUCCAAUUCGGUGGUGACGAGGUCGUCAAGGCCAAGGACGGUGCCGGCUCCGCUACCCUCUCCAUGGCCUACGCCGGUUUCCGCUUCGCCGAGAACGUGCUCAAGGCCGUCAAGGGCGAGUCUUCCGUCUCCGAGCCCACUUUCGUCUACCUGCCCGGUGUUGACGGCGGUGACGCUAUCCAGAAGGAGACCGGUUGUGACUUCUUCUCCGUCCCCGUUGAGCUCGGCCCCGAGGGUGCCAAGAAGGCCAUCAACGUCGUUUCCUCCGCCAACGACUACGAGAAGAAGCUCUUGACCAAGUGCUACGAGGGCCUGGGUGGUAACAUCAGCAAGGGUGUCGAGUUCAUCCAGAACCCUCCUGCCAAGUGA